GGGAGGAGCAGGGCGCCUGCCAGGCGGUCCUACAUUGAUCCCACUGCGCUUGGAGAUCAGGUCGGAGUAAUGCCAGACUCAUUGACAGGCCAACUGCAGAAAUAUCUCUACAACGGCGAGUACCUACUCUUUAAAAGAGCUCCAGUCUUUGAGAGUGAUUUCAUACAAAUCACAAAAAAGGGUCAAGUGAUCAAUAUUCACCAUCAGGUAUCCAUCGUGACCAUUGGACUGACAUCUACUAACCCUGAUCUCCAGCUCCCUGAUGUGAUGCUCUUAGCUAGACCCAGUGAACAGCCAGCUGCCUGGGAGCCAAGCAGCCAGAGUUCCACACUGUCCUCGGAUCCUCUGUUCGGAAAGGGCUCAGUCAGAUAUUUGUGGUCCUCCUCGUCCCCGUCCCCAACAAAUUCCUGGUGUUCAGAAACUGCUCGAUCACAGCCAUCACCCUCGGAUCUUGACUUUACACCAAAACACCAUCUGGAGCUGAAGGGCCUCCUUCCUCUGAAACUGGUGAAACUUUCCAUAUUUCACAAACAGAAGCACAGGUUAAAAGUGACCCUGGCCAGCGGCCGUAGCUUUUACCUCCAGCUGUACGUGCAGCCAGACUGUGAGCAGGAAGUCUUUGAGCAAUGGGUGAAGGUUGUCCACCUGCUCAAGGAAGAGGCACAUGGCCAGGAGCCAGCUGGACCCCGAAGAUCCACCUCCCACUCGAAGAUUCUGAAAGGAUCACACCGAGAGAGAGGUUGUCCACAGAGAGAUGAAUGGGAAUGUGGAGAUUGGAUGAAGGAUCCCAAAGGAGGGAACAUUCUGAAUGUUUUGUCGGAGAAGAGUUUGUGGGAAGGCAGUGAGGAAGAGGAGGGAUUGAUUUCCAGGCAAGGAUCUUGGACACAGCUCCCUGUCACAGUGACCUGUCGAUAUUCACCAACCGAUGCCAGGCCACCCUUCACCACAUAUAUCGAUUCUGGGGUAUUCUAUUUAGAAGAACCUGAGCCUUUGACACAGGACCAUACCUCUCCUGCUGGUCAGAGACAGGGGCAUGGGGAGGGAGUCACUGGCACAGAUUGGAUAGUAAGUGACAACCCCCAGAACCUUCCUCAGGAAACUCUGAAAAAGGGAAAGGAGAAGAGGAAAGAAAAGGAUGGACGGAAGAAAGGGAAGAACGCAUCGGCACAAGAUGAGAAAUAUUCCAAAGAGCAGACAACAAAAAGAACGAGAUCGAAAGAUUUGGCUGACUUGAUGACAAAAAGCUGUGUUUCAGAGGAGCAGAGAAGAGCUGAAAUAAUUCUGUGGAUGAAAAAGGCUGAAGAGGAAGAGAAGAAACAUCAGGAACAGAAAAAGAUAUAGAAGGAAAAGGUCACACCCCCAGGCCUGACUGUGAGCUUCACGAUCACUGUCUUAUCCCCUGCACUUGUCCUGGGCACCACUGACAUGGGCCAUGGGUCUCCCUGUAAAUAACUUAACCCAGAAUAUUUAAAGUAAAUU